AGUCUGAAAUGCAAAUGCCGUUGUGGUGCCAUAAGUAUCUUACUAAGUGGUUGGGCAGUAUGACAAGGAGCAGAGGUUGACUUAAUUGUAUAUAAUCUUGGAACACAUGGAAAUUACAAGUUGUCUGUCUUUCUGUUUUUAGCGCCAUAUUUUUUGUUAGUGCAACUUCAUCCUUAUAGUGCAUCUAUAAUCUUUGGCAUUAUAGGUCCUAGUUCAGCAUACAGCUAAUUUGUAUGCUGCCAAUGGUGCUGGAGUAGUCUUGGCAGAAAAAGGACAUUUUGAUGUAUCAAAAGAUCUUUUUACACAGGUCCAGGAGGCUGCAAGUGGAAGCAUUUUUGUCCAGAUGCCAGAUGUGUGGAUAAAUUUGGCACAUGUUUAUUUUGCUCAAGGCAAUUUUGCAUUAGCUGUGAAGAUGUAUCAAAAUUGUCUGCGCAAGUUCUAUUAUAAUACAGACUCUCAAAUUCUCCUCUAUUUGGCCCGUACACAUUAUGAAGCUGAACAGUGGCAGGACUGCAAGAAAACUUUACUAAGAGCUAUCCACUUGGCACCUUCAAAUUACAUACUAAGGUUUGAUGCAGGAGUUGCAAUGCAAAAAUUCUCAGCAUCUACACUACAAAAGACGAAGAGAACAGUAGACGAGGUGCGCUCAACAGUUGAUGAGCUGGAAAAUGCUGUUCGUUUAUUCAGUCAGUUAUCUGCUUCUUCCAACCUUCACUUUCAUGGGUUUGAUGAGAAGAAAAUCAACACCCAUGUUGAGUAUUGUAAGCAUUUACUCGAUGCUGCAAAAGUUCAUCGUGAAGCAGCUGAGCGUGAGGAGCAGCAGAACCGGCAGAGACAGGAAGUGGCUCGUCAGAUGGCAUUGGCCGAGGAAGCCCGUCGUAAAGCAGAAGAACAAAGGAAAUUUCAGUUAGAGAGGAGGAAGCAGGAAGAUGAAGCAAAACGGGUGCGGCAACAAGAGGAGCAUUUUGAGCGUGUAAAGGUAAAAGUUUGCUAAAAAAUUUUGUAGGUAUUGAUGUACUAAAAUUUAAAUCC